AUGGCUGAGAAGAUUAUUAACAAGGAGGCUUUCAAAAGCACUAUGGCCAAACUUUGGAGAUGCACAAGCUGGAUCCAGUUCUCAGAGGUGGGUCCAAACAAGUUCCUAAUCAAGUUUAAUAGUGAUCAGGAUAUGCAGAGGGUGGUGGAAGGAAGACCGUGGGCUUUCUAUCGGUGGCUUUUGUGUUUACAAGCGUAUGAUGGCUCUAAGUCCAUUAACGAGAUAGUUUUCAACAAAGAGGAGUUUUGGCUGCAGGUCUAUGACAUUCCCCUCAGUUGUAUGACACAAGAAACAAGAGUACAACUCGGCAGCUAUGUGGGAAGAGUGCUAAAAGUCCAUGCAGAUGACAGAGGCAUUAGUUGGGGGAAGUUUUUACGUAUAAGGGUUGAGGUGGACAUCACAAAAGCUCUAUUAAGGGGUACUUUUCUCAACGUGGAGGGAAAGAUGUGUUGGGUGCCAUUCAAAUAUGAGAGACUGCAGUCAAUAUGCUUUAAGUGUGGAACCAUCAAACAUAACCAUCUAGCUUGCUUGACAGAGGUCAGGGAAGACCCCCAGGGAGGAAAUCCAGCUAUCACGGAUGUGUGUCAGGAGAGGAACUUAGCUUCAGACAGGUUGGACUGCAAGACAGUCGACAAAAUUGACAUACAGGGGGCAGGGGGUUGA